AAGGAUGCACCGAAACAUGGAGAUUCGUCACAUGGCGUUCCAGCUGGACAUAUUGGCCCAGAUCCUGGACACCAGCGAAGGUUGGCGUGAUUUUCUGUACAUGAUUCCAAGGAACCUGGACGACCUUUCCAAGGAGGAGUACGCACUCAAGUAUACCGGAUUGAAUGAGAGCAUUCUGGAAAAAGAAAGUCAGAAAAGCAACACAUCUCCAGCGAAGCUGCUUCUCGACGAAUGGGCUAUAUCCGGACAAGUGCGACCGACGGUCGGUCAUUUGCUUACGUUGCUGGUGCGCGCCAAACAGAUCCGUGCUGCAGAAUUUUUAACGAAACUGCUGAACGAGAAGCCUCCCGCUAGACCGAUCGAUGGUCCAGGUGCUCCGAUAGACGUGACAUUGCCAGAAGAUUAUCAAACCGAAUCAUUGCUAAACGGUAUGAGCUACCCCAGUUCGACCAUCCUGCUACACAAUGUAGAAUCGAUGACGAUCGACAACAAUAGGGACUAUUACGAUAAAAUGUGCCCAAUGAAGCGGUUUGAAAUCAAGGAAAAGACUUCGUCCAUCGCGGAUGGAGAGCUGCCGGUGUUUUCGUCCAGCAACAACGAUACUCGAUCCGGUUCAGAUUCAUCCGACGCUCGCAAUCCGGUAAUGAUGGAUCGUUACCCUGAGCAAAUUCCCGGACCCUCGAGUCCAAAAAAAUCACCAUCCAAACCACGUGAGGACAUCAUGCAGGAGGGUCCAGCGUCAUCGAAUGGAUUACCGAUGUUUUCGGUAUUGGGCAUCACAACUGAUACGAAUCAGCUACGGCAGGUUGAAUCGUCUAAACUUCAAAACAACCGCAACUAUGAGCGUGUGAAUAACGAAGUCGACGAUCAAAUUGCUCCAAAUCUUUCAAUAUUAGGAUUGGGAGAGAGUGUGAAGGAAAACAAUGUUGCUCCUAAGGGUCAACAGGAAGACAUUCCGGCUUUAUCGUUCUUGCUGGCAUCGGGAAACGAAUCCAACAGCGCAAACAAUACACCUGACAGUAUUCCAAUGUUGUCAAUGCUGGGUUCGGAUUCCAGCGCGACCGACACGCUGGAAAGUGAAAGCAGUUCGUCAGCAGUAAUUCCACCAACUGGUGAUUCCGUUAGUGAUUUGAUGAAGUUUUCAUCUUUUCCAAUGGUUGCCGAAUAUUCUUACGAGUUGCUACGUAACGUUACCGACAAUUUUAACACUGCACAAUUCACAAACGGUAACCUGCUAGUGCCCAACGGUCGUGCGAUUGGUGCCGGAGGUUUUGGGACAGUAUUUUUGGCGCUCCAUCUCGCACCAAACAUUCCCGUGGCGGCAGUGAAACGUCUCGAUCCCGAGAAGUACAAGUUUCGGGAAAAAUUUCAACUAGAACUGGACAUACUCUCGAAGCAUUCGCAUGCGAAUGUGGUCAGCCUGUUGGGUUCCAGUUCUGAUGGGCCACAUCUAUGCUUAAUCUACGAGUACCUGAAUGAUGGUAAUUUAGAGACGGCUCUAUCAUUAGUACGAACCGGGCAACGUCAGAUGGUGGGUGUAGCGCGACUUAAGUACCUGCAAGACGUCGCAAACGGAAUUACAUUCCUGCACGAUAAAGCAAAAAUCAUUCACCGUGAUGUGAAAUCGGCCAACAUUCUGCUGGACGGUUCUGUUGCAAAGCUGUGCGAUUUCGGGCUGAUCAAACUGACCAGCUCGCGCACGACGACCAGCAUCAUUGGCACGAAUGCGUACAUGGCACCGGAAGCGGUCCGGGGUGAUGUAUCACCGGCGCUGGACAUUUUUGCAUUCGGUAUCGUGAUUGCUGAAACCGUCACCGGCGAACCGGUGCUGGCGGAGAAGGAAUCUCGCAGUGAAAUUGAUCUGGCCGGUUAUAUAUGCCGCCAGCGUGCUGAAGGCCGCGAUCUGGGCUUGCUCGUUGAUAGGCGUGCCGUGGUUGGAAACAAUCCGAACCAUUGGUAUGCAGCCGGAAGAACGCUGCUGGAGAUCGCGAUUAAGUGUAUGGGUGAAAAGUGGAGCCGUCCGACCAGUGGUUCGCUAGCGGUUGCAAUAGGUGGCGUACGAUUAGUGCCUUCGUAAUGAAAGGGUAAGAAAGCAAGUGCAAUUAAUAAUCAUUCGUGCAAUAUAUGUGGUACGGCAAUUUAGUCCGGUACCAGUUCUGUUCCAUCCAUCAACACGCACAAGAAAUACUCUUUAUCAGCCAAGGAUGCUAUACAAAUUCUUUGCUGCUUUUACAUCUUUACACCGUAUAGGUUGACUAGCGUAAGGUAGAAUAGUCUGUUAAAUUCUGGUAAAUUGAAACGUUAAAGCUUUUAUAUUCUAAAAGAAAGAAGAAAUAACAAAUGCGUACGAAAAGCGUAAAUUUGUAAGUAGAUAAUGUUAGUGACAAGUGGCCUUUUACAUCGAUGGAAUGUAAACAUCGUUUAUGGUUAGUUCCUUAAGACGAAUAAACCGUACAGUUACCAACAGCUGACCGUUACAUUUGAACCGGUUCAUAUAAUUCAAUAA